AUCGCGUCGCGCACCAUGAGCUCGUCAACCAACAGCGAUCCUUCCUCCUGCGUUGAUCCCAGCCGGCUGCAAGAAGCCACCGAUGGAUCAACGUCACCGUCCCACGUCCGGUUUGUGAUAGCGCUCGAGCCACUGCUUACGGUGCUCUCGAUCGUAAUCGAUCUGGUGAAAGUGAUUCUGCUCGGUGUACCGUUACUGGUCCGUGAAAUCUAUUCCAUGUUUGUACCGCGACCGCAGAAAGACGUCCGGGGACAGGUGGCACUCAUAACUGGGGGUGGUAAUGGGUUGGGACGUGCGAUGGCACAACUGUUGGCGGCACGCGGCUGCCAUCUGGUGCUGGUGGACAUUGAUCUGGCGGCAGCGGAGCGAACGGCCGACGAGCUGAAGCACCAGUACGGCGUGUCCACUCGGGCGUACCGGGUGGAUGUGUCCCAGUACGAGCAGUGCCGUCAGUUGGCGGAGAGUGUAGAACGGGACGGAGCUGGGCCGGUGGACAUUCUCAUCAACAACGCUGGACUGAUCAUGUUUGCCUUCGUCAACGAUUCGGACGUGGAGCGUGCGAACAGCGUGGUCGACGUCAACAUGAAGUCGCAUAUAUGGAUGACGAAAGUGUUUUUGGACGGGAUGAUCAAACGCAAACGUGGCCAUAUCAUCGGCAUAUCUUCAAUGUCCGGCAUGUACGCCUUUCCGUGGGGCGUCGUGUACUCGGCAACGAAGUUUGCCGUGUCCGGUUUCAUGGCCUCCCUGACGGAGCAGCUUCGCAUCCAGGGCAUUUCGAAGAGCGUCCGAACUACCUGCGUCAAUCCGUACUACGUGACGACACGUAAGGAUGUGGUUGAAUUCCUGCAGAAGCCACGAUUUGCUCCCCUGACGGUCGAUCAGGCGGCACGGGAGAUCGUUAAAGGCAUCUUAAGGGAAGACAUUGUGGUGACGAUACCACGAAUGUUUGGUGUAUUUACUCGGUUCAUGCUAUUCUUCCCAGUGCCAGUACAGCAGCUCGUUCGAGAUUAUUUAAUCCGCGAAUAUGAGCUAAACAAUAACUUACACACGUAGACCGAU